AUGCCUGCCACUGGAGUUGCCGCCGCCAUCAACCUCAAGGGACCCGAGGGACAGCAGAUUCAUCUGUUCUACAACACCAACACGAAGAACCUUGGCUUCCAGUUCUUUGACGAGACCAAGCACUCGGAUGAAACCGAAGCCUUUGCGGCCGGUACCGAUGCCCUGACCGGUUUCAUCCUCAACCCGGCCCAGGUUGCAACCACCAACUUGACGGGUGUUGACCUCGUCUUUGGUUUCACAAACAAACCAAAGACGGCCGCUGCCCCGGGCUGCAGGUGCGAUGAUCCGACCCAGAAUGAUAUCUCCAUCAUCAGCCCGGUCUACCAACCCCUCGGCGCGACCGAUCUCGCCAACCUGACCAUUGCCGCCACCUCUUCGGACACCACUGCCUACGUCUACUAUCUCACGGGCACGGAUUACAAGAGCACCACGAUCAACGAGCUGACCGUCGGUGAUGAUGCUCCGGGCCAGUUCGAUGAUACCGUCAAGAUUGUGCCCAACUCCUCGCUCGCGGCCUACUACGUCCCGGACAAUGAGCUUCGCUUCAUCAUCUACCAGGCCAACAAGACCAACAGGCUGCACUGCUACUGCCCCAUUGCCGGGUCCAUCAAUGACAAGGAAAUCGACGCCUCGGGUAGCGCGAGGCUCAACACCCCGCUGGCCGUCACCUACGUCGACGGCAAAGCCUACCUCUACUACGUCGACAACAGCAAGAGCAUCCGCCUCAUCGUCAAGGAUGGCGACAAGUGGGGUUCCUCGAGAGCCUGCCCGGCACCUGGCCAGGUCGACGACGCGAGCCAGCUCACUGUCAUCCCCUCCGCCAAGGGCAACCACGUCUUCUACGUCGGCGACGGACAGGGCAGCAAGUUCCAGUUCCACCACUUCAUCGACAAGCGCGCUUAG